AUGUUGGAAGGCGGUAGUUCCCAGUCCAUCCUGGGGGAUUCCAGCCCGGGGUCCCUGCUGUCUUCCACCCCGAACUCAGCAUUCCUCUCCCCCAAACCGCAGUCAUUUUGCCAUGAUCCGGAAGGUUGGGGUCCCCUCAGUCAGCUCAGAUUCGAUCUGACUCCGUGUUUCUUGGAUUUCGGAGUUUCCUUGGUUGCAGUAUGGGGUAUUAUCGCAGGCGCAGGUGCCCUUUGGUUCUUGUUGAAGAGGAGAGUGCCCCAGCCAGUUGCAAAGAACUGGCAUUUCUAUACUAAACUGGUCGUCUUAUCCGCCCUGAUAUUUACAACAGCUCUCCAGGCAGCCAUCCAAAUCGAAUCCUUCCCCCAGACAUGGUUUAACGACUAUCGGUUCUGGAGCUCUGUCCUCGUCCUGAUCUCCCUUUGCGUCAUUUUUGCAGUGCAGUACCAUGAACACUGGCGCAGCAGACAGCCUAAUGGCGUCGUUCUCUUCUACUGGCUCUUCUUCGCCAUUGGCUAUGGAAUCAAACUCCGAUCGCUCAUCGCACGGAAACUAUACGAGGAUCGUCUUCCCUACUUCAUCUGUUUCAACGUGAGCUUGGGGCUGGCGCUGUUAGAGUUCGGUCUUGAGUACUUGGUUCCGAAGAAACAAAGUGCUUACGACGCGCUUGGAGAUGAAGAUGAAUGCCCCUACGAAUACGCUGAUAUCUUCUCGGUUCUUACAUUCAGUUGGAUGACGCCGAUGAUGAAGUUCGGUUACAACAACUUCCUCACCCAAGAUGAUCUGUGGAAUCUUCGUCGUCGAGACACUACCGGUGUCACCGUGGGCGCAUUGAACGAGGAAUGGGAGGAAGAGUUGCACAAGGAAAAACCCUCCCUCUCACUGGCGCUGUUCAGAGCAUUCGGUGGCCCUUUCAUUCGUGGCGCGAUUAUUAAGUGCGGCAGCGACUCCUUGGCCUUCGUCCAGCCGCAGCUUCUGCGUCUUUUGAUCAAGUUCAUCAACUCAUAUGCAACUUCCGAGCCUGAGCCGGUCAUCAGAGGUGUAGCCAUUGCGCUUGCAAUGUUCCUGGUUUCGGUUUCGCAGACCAUGUGCUUGCACCAAUACUUCCAAAGGGCAUUCGACACUGGUAUGCGCGUCAAAUCUGCUCUGACUGCAAUGAUCUAUGCCAAGGCUCUGAGACUGUCCAGCGAGGGUCGCUCAACCAAAACCACUGGCGAUAUUGUCAAUCACAUGGCCGUCGACCAGCAGCGUCUGUCUGAUCUGACCCAGUUCGGUGUGCAGCUCUGGUCCGCGCCAUUCCAGAUCACUCUCUGCAUGUUGUCGCUCUACCAGCUUGUUGGCGUUAGCAUGUUUGCGGGUAUCGGUGUGAUGAUCCUGAUGAUUCCUCUGAAUGGAGUGAUUGCACGGAUGAUGAAGAAACUCCAGCUGAUCCAGAUGAAGAACAAAGAUUCGCGAUCCAGACUUAUGACUGAGAUUCUGAACAAUAUCAAGAGCAUCAAGCUCUAUGCUUGGAACACAGCAUUCAUGAACAAGCUCAGCCACAUCCGUAACGAUCUGGAACUCAAUACGCUCCGCAAAAUUGGAGCAACACAGUCGAUUGCCAAUUUCACCUGGCAAUCUACCCCUUUCCUCGUCUCAUGCUCCUGUUUUACAGUUUAUGCCUUGACCUCGGACAAGCCAUUGACCACCGAUAUUGUCUUUCCAGCAUUGACUUUGUUCAAUCUCCUUACGUUCCCUCUAUCCAUUCUGCCUAUGGUUAUCACGGCUGUGAUUGAAGCGUCCGUGGCUGUCAAGCGUCUUACGGAUUACUUCACUGCAGAGGAGCUGCAAACUGAUGCUGUUUGCUAUGAAGAGACCGUGGCUCACGUUGGAGACGAGUCUGUUCGGAUCCAGGAUGCCGCUUUCACCUGGAACCGUUACGAAGGCACGCAUGUGAUCGAGAACAUCAACUUCAGCGCUCGCAAGGGCGAGCUCAGCUGUAUCGUAGGACGCGUUGGUGCUGGAAAGUCCUCCCUCCUUCAAGCGCUCCUGGGCGACUUGUGGAGAACUGAAGGAGAGGUGGUUGUCCGUGGUCGUAUCGCCUAUGUAGCGCAACAGGCUUGGGUCAUGAAUGCUAGCGUUCGUGAGAACAUUGUCUUCGGGCACCGGUGGGAUCCUCAAUUCUAUGAGCUUACGGUGGCAGCCUGUGCCUUGACCGACGACUUCAAGAACUUACCUGAUGGUGAUCAAACUGAGGUUGGAGAGAGAGGAAUUUCCUUAUCCGGUGGUCAGAAGGCUCGGUUGACCCUUGCCCGUGCUGUCUAUGCUCGCGCGGACAUCUACCUUCUCGACGAUGUCCUCUCUGCGGUUGACCAGCAUGUGGGUCGCCAUCUCAUUAACCAGGUCUUGGGCCGCAACGGUAUUCUCGCCAGUAAGACAAGAAUUCUCGCAACAAAUGCUAUUCCUGUCCUGAAGGAGGCAGACUUUAUCGGCUUGCUGCGCAACAAGACCUUGAUUGAGAAGGGAACCUAUGAACAGCUUCUAGCUAUGAAGGGCGAAGUCGCUAACCUAGUCCGUACUACGAUGAACGACUCGGAUGAUGAGGGCUCUGGUAGUGACAGUCGUGAUCCUGCUAGCGAGAGCUCGGAAUCCACUACUGUCAUCGAAAACGAAGACUCGGAAAUCUCCGAUCCGGAAGAUGCUGAGCGGGAAAUUGGUUCUCUUGCUCCGAUUAGAGCUAGUGCUGAGCGGAGACAGAGCACAGUUACUCUUCGUCGUGCUAGUACCGCUACCUGGAAGGGGCCUAGACGCAAGCUGGGAGAUGAAGAGAAUGUCCUCAAAAGCAAACAGACCCAGGAAACCUCGCAACAGGGCAAAGUCAAAUGGAGCGUGUACGGCGAAUACGCCAAGAACAGUAACAUCAUUGCUGUUGGCUUCUAUCUUCUGGCUCUUUUGGGAGCUCAAACUGCCCAGGUUCUCGGAAGUUAUUGGCUUAAGCAUUGGUCGGAGCUCAGCGAAAAGCACCCGAACCUUCCCAAUGGCAAAUAUAUUGGUAUCUACCUGGCCUUCGGUCUGGGCUCGUCUCUUUUGGUCAUUCUCCAGAACCUCAUUCUUUGGAUCUUCUGCUCUAUUGAGGCCUCACGCAAGCUUCAUGAACGCAUGGCAUUCGCCAUCUUCCGCUCUCCCAUGAGCUUUUUCGAAACUACCCCGUCAGGACGUAUCCUUAACAGAUUCUCGAGUGAUGUGUAUCGUAUCGAUGAAGUGCUUGCGCGGACGUUCAACAUGCUAUUCGGAAACUCCGCCAAGGCUUUGUUCACCAUGGUGGUCAUUGCCUCCUCCACCCCUGCCUUCCUCUUGGCUGUCAUUCCCUUGGGUUGGGUCUACUUCAGCUACCAAAAGUACUAUCUGCGCACAUCCCGCGAACUCAAGCGUCUGGAUAGCGUGACUCGAAGCCCAAUCUAUGCGCACUUCCAGGAAUCACUGGGUGGAAUUUCGACCAUCCGUGCGUAUAAGCAAGAGGACAGGUUUACGCUGGAAAACGAGUGGCGCAUGGAUGCGAACAUUCGUGCCUACUUCCCCUCAUUGAGUGCCAACAGAUGGCUAGCUGUCCGCCUGGAGUUCAUUGGCUCUGUGAUUAUCUUGACGUCCGCCGCACUUUCGAUCAUCUCUGUGUCAACCGGCAGUAAGCUAUCCGCCGGAAUGGUCGGUCUGGCUAUGUCCUACGCUCUUCAAAUCACCCAGUCGUUGAACUGGAUCGUGCGGCAGACUGUUGAAGUCGAGACCAAUAUCGUGUCGGUUGAGCGUGUUCUCGAGUACGCAAACCUGCCCAGUGAAGCGCCUGAGGUGAUUUUCAAGCAUAGGCCCGCCAUUGGCUGGCCGGCACAAGGUGCGGUGACGUUCAAUAACUACAGCACACGAUAUCGCCCUGGGCUCGAUCUGGUGUUGAAGGACAUUUCGCUGGAUAUCAAGCCCCACGAGAAGAUUGGAGUUGUUGGCCGCACAGGUGCAGGCAAGAGCUCGCUAACUCUUGCACUUUUCCGCAUCAUUGAGCCUGACAGUGGUCACAUCAGCAUUGAUGGACUGAAUGUGUCGACGAUUGGUCUGUUUGAUCUGCGGGGCCGCCUCGCGAUCAUUCCCCAAGAUCCAGCCAUGUUCGAGGGAACCGUCCGGGACAAUCUGGAUCCCCGACAUGUGCAUGACGACACGGAACUCUGGAGUGUGCUUGAACAUGCCCGCUUGAAAGAUCACGUUGCGCAGAUGGACGGUCAGCUGGAUGCCCAAGUCCAAGAAGGAGGAUCCAACCUUAGUCAAGGCCAGCGCCAGCUGGUUUCACUUGCCCGAGCAUUGUUGACGCCUAGUAAUAUUCUGGUGCUCGACGAGGCAACUGCGGCGGUGGAUGUGGAGACCGAUGCAUUGCUGCAACGCACGCUGCGCAGCAGCAUUUUCCAGGACCGUACCAUCAUCACGAUCGCGCAUCGGAUCAAUACAAUCAUCGAUUCCGAUCGAAUUGUGGUGUUAGACAAGGGCCGUGUGGUCGAGUUCGACACGCCUGCAGCGUUGAUUAAACAGGAGGGCCGCUUUUAUGACCUGGUCAAGGAGGCUGGUCUACUUGACAGCACUGAGGGCGCCGCCAUUGUACAGAAAUCCUAG